CAUUUUGACCUUUUAAAGGACCGUGAAUGGGGAUGAAAUGUGUUUACUUUAGUUUAUGCAUGUGAAUUUAUAUCAUUAGUUGAUAAGACGGCAUGGCUGUACUGAGUAUAUUCCGAAUUCUCCGGGAAAACUGGAUAGAGUUUACAGUGGUAGGGUUAGUGACUUGUGUAGGGAUUUUAUUACUGAAGCUUAUAUUACGGGCGAUUCAGUUGAGACGUGCAUUCAAAGGAUUCCCCGAGCCGGAAGGUAAACAUUGGCUUCUGGGUCACAUGAAACUGUUUUUAGGAAAAGGGGGAAGCAAUACACGAUUACAACGAGCUUUACAAUGGACAAGGAAAUAUCCCAAAUUCUUCAUUACGUACUUUGGUCCCCUACGAGUGGCGUGUACCCUCAACCAUCCAGAUACAGUGAAAAUCCUACUCAAAGGAGCAGAUCCCAAACCUGCUGGUUUUGGUGGAGCGUAUCGCCACGCCCUUCCGUGGCUGGGGGAGGGACUUCUGAUUGCUGGGGGUAAAAGGUGGGCAAGAUCUCGACGCCUGCUUACACCAGCAUUCCACUUCGACAUCCUCAAACCCUAUAUCAAUGUGUACAGAGAAUGUGCAGGCCUUUUGGAGGGAAACAUUGAGAGGUUUGCCAAGGAAGAGAAAAGUUUUGAAGUAUUCAGUCAGGUGUGUUUAUGCACACUUGACAUCAUUCUCAGGUGUGCCUUCUCUUACCAGACACACUGCCAGGCUCAAAGCGGUGAAGUCCAUCCAUAUGUGAAAGCAGUCAAUGAAAUAGCGGAAAUGUGGUUCUACAGAAACAGGACACCUUGGUUGUACCCAGACUUUAUAUACUACAACACAGAAGAGGGGAAAAAAUUCCUUAAAAACUGCAAUUAUGUCCACGAUGUGGCAACAGGAGUCAUGGAAAAGAGGCGAAAAGAGCUGGAAACAGUAGAUCUAACUUCUAAACGAUAUCUAGACUUUCUGGACAUCCUUCUUACGGCAAAAGAUGAGAAGGGUGUAGGACUCUCAGACGAGGAAAUAAGAAAUGAGGUCGACACUUUUUUGUUUGAAGGUCAUGACACAACAGCCAGUGCAAUAUCGUGGAUCCUAUACUCACUUUCUCAGUAUCCAGAAUAUCAAAGAGAAUGUCAGAAGGAGAUAGAUCAGGUUAUAUCAGAGAGUGAAGAUGGAGAAAUAGGAUGGGAGGAUUUGGGAAAGCUACCCUUCCUGACACAGUGUAUCAAGGAGGGGAUGCGGCUGCACUGCCCUGUUCCCUUUAUUGCCAGAACCAACACAGCACCCAUUACCAUAGAAGGACACACGAUUCCAGCAGGAACAAGCCUAGUGGCCAACAUCUGGUGCCUCCAUCACAACCCCGCUGUCUGGGGACAAGACCACAUGGAAUACAAACCAGAACGGUUCUCCAAAGAAAAUCUAGCCAAAAUGGAUUCAUUUGCUUUUCUUCCAUUCUCUGCAGGCCCAAGAAACUGUAUUGGGCAACAUUUUGCCAUGAAUGAAGAGAAAUUAGUACUUGCAAAGCUCCUUCACAGAUUUUCCUUCUCUGUAGACCAAGACCACAAAGUUGAACGUAAUGCAGUGGCAGUGAUGAGAGCCUUAAAUGGAAUACGAUUAUAUGCUCAAGAAAGAUAACACCCAGUGCUCUAACAAAAAUAUAACAAUUAAGCGACACCUGAAUUUGAAUUACAUUAUUGGUAAAAGCCAGAAUGUUGUAAAUUUGGUAAAAAUAUACUGUGUAACUUUAAAGUUGCUUAAAUGAAAAUAAAACAGCA